GGCGGGUGUAGAUCGUCACUUGUUUGUUUACAAAGUGGCCGCUGCUGCUGCUGCUGCAGCUGUUGUGGUGUUGCUGUUCCUGUCACCACUUAUGAACUAAUAUAUGCUCCAUAAUGGCCACUAAUAAAGGAAUGUGGGCAUCAAUGAUGGCCCUGGCACAAGCAGUGCAGCGGGCAGUAGAAACGAGUGCCACCAGUGGAGGAACUCCAGAAGCUUUGGAAGCAGGACAUGAUCUAGAACUGGCUCUACAGCGGCAUCGGACGUCAUUCAUUUCUCUCUUGCGGAACCCACCAAAAAAUGCUAAUGAGAGGUCUACUCUGCAGCGUUCCAUCACCGAGCCAGUGACUUUACCAGGUCAUGCUAGCCCAAGCAAAUUGUCCGAGUCUUUUGUGAAAGAGGCCAUCAUUAUUUCUGACAUGUUCAACAUGAGUGAAAUGUCAGCAAUGUCACUGUUGCGAUCAGCUGAAGAAGAAUCCACAUUGUACCCUGGUGUUCCCAGGGGACUGAUUGCAAUCUUGUUUUAUUAUGAUAGUAGAGUUAAUCUGGCUCAUGCCCUGAAGACAUUGGUUCAGGCCAGGCAAGGAAUAUCAUGGGUACUUCUCCCUGAUAAUGAAGAGCUAUCACAGAGUAUUACUAGAUACUUACAACCAAUUCUAAACAUUAGCCUGGUGGAUAGGAUUCUGGAACUCGUCACAUCAAUGGACAUCACAAAGGAAAUAGAGCUAUUGCAGCAGAAUCGUGCUUUGGGAGAUGCGAAGCACAGAAAGAUAGUAUUAGACAAGUUUCUAGCAGUUCGCAGUUUACUGGCAGAGACACUUUUUUGUUGGGCUGCACAGACUCCCCUAAAGAAAGAUGAAUGUCGCCGACUCAUAGCAUAUAUGUCUAAAGUAAAAUUAACGGAAACUAGUGAUGGUUCUCUAGAUCCUAUUAAUUUAAGUCUGCUUAUGGCUUUACUUUUCAGUUUAGAAGCAGGACACUUACUGAACUCUGAAGACAUGACAGAGGCUCUAACUCAGUUUCCCAUAACAAGUGAUCGAACAUUUGUACAAGAAAUUCAUCGUGAGAUAAGGUCAGAUCAAACUUGGGAAACCCCAGGAUUGAAAGCUAUAAUACAGCUAGCAUGGACUGUCAGCCUUGCUAACUUGAGACAGGUUGCUGUAGCCACUCAGUUAGCAGAUAUUGAUACUAUAUUAGAGGAAGAUGAUGCUGUUCUUGAUGAUGCACUUAAGGGAAAAGUUUUUUCAUUUAUUCAAAAUUCUAUACUUUCCAAAAAGAACACUCCCCUUGACAAUUUUUACUGCCAGCGUCUUCAUGCAAUCCUCUCCGACUUUAUUAUUCAUGUUCCUGAACGAGUGAAGGCUAUGAAGAAUAGAGCAGAUGAAAACUCGAGACUUAUCACUGCAAACUUAAGAGAGAGUCUUCAACCUCCAACAAAUUUGGAUCAACCAUUUGAGGAGCUUUUGACUUGUUUAGCUGCUUUGUACCAGGAUGGUCAGUGUGGUGAGCUAGUUGAAGAUUAUUGGUGUCCUAGUGAGAUUCUUCCAACAGCAUCCCUGCAGUAUCGUGGCCUAGGAACUAGACAAAUGGCUCUCUUCAAGUUUGUACGGCUUCCAGGAGAUUAUUUGCCUCCUUCUUUGUUUGUGCCAUAUGUUAACCUUCUAACCAGUUUGGCCACGACUCCACGCUCUGCACAGUAUGUUUACAACUUCUUACGGAUGAACAGUCAACCCCUCUCACAGGGUAGUAAUUUGGCCUGGGAGCAUUUUAUGACUGCCUUAACCCAGUACUAUAACAAUUUAAGAAUUGAAGAGCCUGGGGCAAUGGAUACUAUGUACCGAUCACGUGGAACUCCUAGAGGCAUAACCCCUCAAGAAGUCCAGGGGCUUCUUGCUGUGCUGCAGCUACUUACAAUGGUAGCAGAAAAGGAUGAGCUAUCACGUGUGGCUCUUUGUGAUAAUGCUGCUUGGGCACCACUCUAUGUGUGCACAGGUUUACUAACUUGUGCUGUGCCCCUAGCACUCAAGAUAGAACUUGUAAAUACUCUUUCUGCAUUUAGUAAUACUCCAGCAUUAGCUCAGAGGGUUUGGGAAUUGAUUGAAGGAGGUGGGCUGAUUCCUGUUCAAGAGGGUGUUGCAGGAUAUCAGCCACGUGGCCUACUUGUUGACAUUGAAGAAAUGGAGAGUAGCAGGGAGGAAUUUCCCCUGACUCGGGCAAUUCUCAAAUUAUUGCGGAUUUUAGUUCGUGCUGGUAUUCCUCCAAUGCUUGGUGCUGCUACCCGGCAACCAGGAUUUCGUCCAUACCUUGAUUUGGUAAGAGACAGGAUAUUUUUACGUCAUGAUUCUCGUGCCUAUCGGGAUUCUGGUGAACGUUGGGCUGUGGCUUGUGGCUGCCUGGAACUACUGCAUCAAUUGCUUACUGAACAGCUUCAUAUGGGUACAGCACCCAUGGACCAGAGAGUUGGGCAGCCACCAGGUCGUUCAGUUCUUUUGGAUUUAGUUCAAGAGUCGCAGCUUGUGAAACAAGUGCUUUCAGUACUGCAUGAUGGGGUUCGUAUACUGGAACAGUACAAAGAAGUACCUGGGCAAAAAGAUCUUAAUGCUAGUCUGCUCUUGGUAUUGCAGCUCCUGCUGGAAGCACAAGAACAACAACACUUGGUCCUAGGUACAUCAAAAACUAACCCGGAAGUUAUACUUGGUGUGGAGCGCCUGCUUAUGGGUAUUAAUGUUCAUACAGGGGUCAGUGAUCACCUUUUGAAUAUAGUUAGGUUGGUGGGCCAUCAUCAAGAUCUGCCCAGUCAUGCUGCUUUAGCAUGUCGUCUUUUGGCAACCUCAGCUGCAAGACCCAGCUCUCAAACCCAUCUGUUGUCUUUGAUCACAGCUUCGGCAACAACUGCCACUGCAGUUAGACACAGUUUUGUGGAAGUAAUAGAUCAUGCUGCAUUAGAUAUCCCAGAACACUUAGAUGCUGCAGGUGCAGCUUUAAAUUUGCUCUUAAAAUUUCUUCCUCUUCCAACUCCAAAUGUGGCUCACUUCUUACUGGGCUACACAACUGAUGGUAUGACCACCUUGCGCUCCGAUUUAUUAGGUGCUGGAGCCCGUGGAUAUCCCAGGACUGCAAUACAUGCUGUACUUGCUUCUCUUCCUUCAUGUCCACCCAGUUUGUCGGAAGUUGCUUACAGACUAAUUUUUGAACUCUGCAGUGACACCAAUACUUCGGCUCCCACAUUGCGUUUUCUUCGAUCCUCUGAGGAUCUUUUGUACCGCACAGUUGCUACUAUGGGAUUGCCACACACUGAUUGUAGGCUUCGCCUCCUAUCUCAGGGUUGGGUUCUACGUUGUGUAGCCUUGGAACUACGAUAUCAUGCAACCCAUCAGCAAAGAUCACAAUUGGCUCGAUUAAUUCACUUGCUUGUAGCAGGCGCAGAAUUGCCCCAGCAGGAACCUUUAGACGUGUCUCAGGGUUGGACAGGAGGAGUUAGUGGUGGACGUGGGCCACUUCUUACUUUGUUGGAUGCUAUUGAUCUCAGUGUAGAUUUCCCAGCACCUUUACAGUGUGAAUACUUCACAAGGGCAUCAGAUCUUAUUACUAACUGUGAGAGCCCCUCUCCUGAAGGCCCUAUCGUUAAUUUGAAGGUGUUGCAUCAACAAUUGACAUCCUUACUACAAGAGGGCAGCUCAGGAACCUCUCUAACUCAGCGUGAUCCAUUGCAAGAAGAACUGGAAUUGGUAAUGGGACAUGCUUUAAUGCUGAACCAGACAAGGGCACUUUUAUUUGCACACAGGCAUUUCUUGGAAGGCUGGAGACAAGUUGUGGAAGUUGUUGUAGCUGUGACUCCACCAGACUUGAUAGAAACUGCAACCCAUCACACCUUCCUCCAUACACUUACUCAUGAUUUGACUCGCCGACUCUUGGAUGAUCUGGCCCUUCCAUCACUUACCACGAUUCUGGUAUCAACACUGUUAAUGUUAGUAACCACUUUACGAACUCUUCAUGCAAGACCAGCACACCACCACCCACAGUAUGUGUCCAUGCUGGAUAGUGGGAAUACGUCACUUAAGGCUGAAUUUCCUUCUUCGUUACAGCUUGUAUUGCGUGGGCUAGUUGAAUGUGUGGCGAGAUUCAAGCAGUGUAGCCAGGGUGUUCGUGCCUCUAUAUAUGCUGCCCUUCUUAAUUACUUGCAGAUAUGUGCUGAUCCUAUAGACAAAACAGAGGAGGAUGCAGAUAAUCUCCAAUCCCUUCUGUUGGCCCCACGUGAAACUCAAGAAGAACAGUUUCACCGUGAGAAUUAUGAAGUUGUGCGAGAAGAACUUCCACAACUGGUAGAUGUCUUAGCAGUAGAAGCAGGGGGUGGCCACCAUGUAUGUCAGGUGCUGGCUUUGACAUGCCUCAGUGCUCUUGCCGCACUGGAGCAGCGUGCUGCCCCACUUACUAAUGAAUCACUACUGUUGUCACAUCUUGCUGAUCAUGGGCACUUGCGUCGCCUUCUGGAUGCCUUAAGAACAGAUGAUGGACAACUUCUUUCAUUGUUAACUGCUGAUGACGACGACUUACGACCGCUGUAUGUGCAUGAAGCUCGUAUGUCUCUCUUGGCUCGUUUAGCACUGUCCCCAACUGGAGCACAGCAACUAUUGCAAUCUGGUCUUACUACACGUUUAUCUGAAUUGACUGCCUUAGACUAUCGUCCUGCACAGCCUAUGCAAUCUGUAAGUGAAGAAUUUCUUCCAAGCGUUGUGCAGAGGUAUCGCACUGUUUUAAUGGCAUCAAUAAGAGUUUACUUGGCAAUUCUUACAUCUUUGGGAAGCAACAAUUACUCUGCUACUGCCCAUUUAUUAAGAUUUUUGGCUGCCCAUGGUGAAGCUCUUGCUUUAGGACUUUGUGUUCCAAGUCUGCCGUCUCUGCAAGCCCUCGAGGAAGUAGCGCUUUUGUCAGCUGCAGUUGCAGGAGCUGCCCCUCCUGGUCCCAUAACAGCCACAGAUCCAUCAGAUUUAGAAUCAGGAGCACAAGCAACAAGACUUCAGCAAUUGCUUCUAGCUUUGUUACCACAUGUACUGCCUCAGAGUCGCUUGGCUGGUGCUCUGGACAUGCUGCCAGAGAAUGAAGAAGGUGUUAAUGUAAAGGAAAUGGCUCGUACAGCUACUUUAACUACUCUAGCUGCAGUACUAAAUUAUGCCACAGCUCGUCUUAUUCAUGGUGGAACUGAUACUCGCGAUAUUACGCUAGUUUUUCGAGCAUCAAUGGAUAAUGGAAUACCAACAGGUGCAGUAGGACGGCCAUUGUCUUUGGCUACUUUAGUAGAGUGUGCAAGUCAGGUCAGUCAUCACUUCACUGUGGCCAGAAGUGCUCGUGAAACUGCAACUGCUCGUCUGCAAGCCUUGGAAGGCAAUCAACCAGUUGAACAUCUGCGUCAGUAUGUGAGUAGUGCUUUGGCCGAUUCUGCCUCUCCUGCAGCUGUGCGAAGACUAGCAGAGGAGCACCUAAGUCAAGUUGUGGCCUUGCAUAGACGUCAGGAGCAGCUUGCUGUUCAUGCUGCCGAGUCAGCAGCAUUCCUUUUGUGGAGACAUCUUGAGUACUUUAUUUGUCAUGCACCAUCAGCCCCUGGCCCUGCACAUGAUGAUCUUUCAAGAAGGGAAGUUGGGGUUCCUCGUACCUUAACACCCAGUGAGAUUGACAAUCUCCGUAAACAAGCCUGGACAGCUUUACAGGAAGUACUGCCACGAUUGCAAAAAGUUUAUGAAGAGUACUCUGCUUCUACAGGGCACGUUGCAUUUUUAGCUGCUGCCGUAACCAGAAUAAGAAGGCUUUUAGUCCCGUAAUACCAGUAGCAUGAUCAUAUUUAUCUUUGCAGUAAUGUGCUGUAAUUUUACUGAAUAUAAAAACCUCUUACUUUUCUGAUUCAUUGUUAAAUUAAUUUGUUCAGUUUAUGUGAAAAAACUGAGUACAGUUUUGUACCCUUAACUUUUUUGUAUGUACAUGUAUAGUCAUUAUAAAUAAAAAAAAAUUGCUUACUUAAUUUUCAGAUUCCGUAUUAUGCUUGCUGUGUUUAGCCAUUAGUUUAUUUCACCAUUACCAUAAUAUACAAAAUUUGCAUAUAACUUUGGUUUAGAAUAAGAUAAGCAAGCAAGAAAUAUAACAUCUGACUUAAAUAUCACUAAACUUUCAUAAUUUGUUGAAUACAUCUACAAAUUAUAGCUCUUGACACUGCCAUGGUUAUAAAUCAACAUUGCAUUUUUCUCUGAAAUGGAGGGAUAUUUAUAUUAUCCUUUAGCAAUGUAAUCAGUUUGGAUGUUAACGUUGAUAGAGUUGCAAUUGUGGUUAAUUUAUAUGAAAUACACCAAUGCCCUUUACAUAGUAUUUUCCUUUAACACAGAAAUAAUGCAAGGUAAUGAGGACCUGUUUGAAUGUUGUAUAAAUAAUUACAUCUGAACAACAAUUUUUUUUUUUUGCAUUCUAGUGAUAUAAGGUCUUAUUUCACUUAUAACUAACAUAUCUAUAGCAUUUACAAUUGUAUAUUUAUAAUCCUUGUCACUUUGUUAACUUUCUUGGAGCAAAUGUUUUUUAUGUUAAUGAAAGUUUUAUACUGAUAUAAUUUUUUUAAUUACCUAAUUAAUACAGGAUAGCUAUUUUUUGCAAUUUGAAUGGAAAUGUAGGAUGUGAUGAAUGGUUUGAAAAACCGACAAGUUGAAGAUUAAGA